AUGGCAAACGUGGGACUAAACGCAGUGCAGACAGUAGUGACAAUUUAUACUGCACUGACUGUGAAGAACCUCAAUGCAACUUCACCAAAGCAGUCCAAAAACACGACCGCUAAGGCGCACAACACAACGACAACAAAAGCGGACAAGAAAUCGGCCAAGUCCGUCACAACCGUCACCACCCGACAACGAGCAAUUGGAUUGUGGCAAACGGUGAACUUCACCUAUUACGACAGUCUGGUGGGCAUCGACAGGAUGUCGCAUCCUAGUCCCGAGCCGACGGUGGCGCUGAUUUUCAAAAAAAGGGGAGCUGAGUUUGACGUGGAAGCGCUCGAGAGAAGGUUGAUGAAGGCGAAACGAGAGAAACCGAAAUCUGUUCAACUUUACAAUCAGAUCGGCAACUUUUGGAUCAAGGGUGACACGUAUCGGUCGAUCGAAUGUUUCAGACGAGCUUUGGCUGUAUCGCCGCAUAAUGCUGAG